AUGGUGAAGAUAGGUUUUGGUACCUUUGAUGACUCUUUUAGCAUUGCCUCACUUAAGGCUUAUCUAUCAGAGUUCAUUGCCACUUUGAUUUUUGUCUUUGCUGGAGUUGGAUCAGCCAUUGCUUACGAUGAGCUAACAUCAGAUGCAGCUUUGGAUCCAACUGGCCUAGUGGCAGUAGCUGUGGCUCAUGCAUUUGCACUAUUUGUUGGGGUGUCUAUAGCAGCCAACAUCUCAGUCGCAUCUCUUCUUCUCAACUAUGUCACCGCUAAGAGUGUUCCAACACAUGGUGUUGCUGCUGGAUUGAACCCUAUUGCAGGACUAGUGUUUGAGAUUAUAAUAACAUUUGGAUUGGUUUACACGGUUUACGCGACAGCAGCUGACCCAAAAAAGGGUUCAAUAGGCACCAUUGCACCAAUCGCCAUUGGGUUUGUUGUGGGUGCCAACAUCUUAGUGGCCGGUCCAUUCAGUGGCGGGUCAAUGAACCCGGCUCGCUCGUUCGGUCCAGCUGUUGUUAAUGGAAACUUUGCGGACAACUGGAUCUACUGGGCUGGUCCAUUGAUAGGAGGAGGCUUGGCUGGGUUGAUUUAUGGUGACAUCUUUAUUGGUUCAUAUGCUCCAGCACCAGCAACUGAAACAUAUCCUUGA